AUGCCGGGUCAAAAAAGACCCCAAAGCACUAGGAAGUUUAAGCCAAAGGACGUUAGACCCAAGGACGUUAGACCCAAGGACGUUAGACCGAAGGACGUUAGACCGAAGGACGUUAGACCGAAGGACGUUAGACCGAAGGACGUUAGACCGAAGGACGUUAGACCGAAGGACGUUAGACCGAAGGACGUUAGACCGAAGGACGUUAGACCGAAGGACGUUAGACCGAAGGACGUUAGACCGAAGGACGUUAGACCCAAGAACGUUAGACCGAAGGACGUUAGACCCAAGAACGUUAGACCCAAGGACGUUAGACCCAAGGACGUUAGACCCAAGGACGUUAGACCCAAGGACGUUAGACCCAAGGACGUUAGACCCAAGGACGUUAGACUCAAGGACGUUAGACCCAAGGACGUUAGACCCAAGGACGUUAGACCCAAGGACGUUAGAGCCAAGGACGUUAGACCCAAAGACGUUAGACCCAAGGACGUUAGACCUAAGGACGUUAGACCCAAGGACGUUAGACUCAAGUACGUUAGACCGAAGGACGUUAGACCCAAGGACGUUAGACCCAAGGACGUUAGACCCAAGGACGUUAGACCCAAGGACGUUAGACCCAAGGACGUUAGACCCAAUGACGUUAGACCCAAGGACGUUAGACCGAAGGACGUUAGACCCAAGGACGUUAGACCCAAGGACGUUAGACCCAAGGACGUUAGACCCAAGGACGUUAGACCCAAGGACGUUAGACCCAAGGACGUUAGACCCAAGGACGUUAGACCCAAGGACGUUAUACCCAAGGACGUUAGACCCAAGGACGUUAGACCCAAGGACGUUAGACCCAAGGACGUUAGACCCAAGGACGUUAGACCCAAGGACGUUAGACCCAAGGACGUUAGACCCAAGGACGUUAGACCCAAGGACGUUAGACCCAAGGACGUUAGACCCAAGGACGUUAGACCCAAGGACGUUAGACCCAAGGACGUUAGACCCAAGGACGUUAGACCCAAGGACGUUAGACCCAAGGACGUUAGACCCAAGGACGUUAGACCCAAGGACGUUAGACCCAAGGACGUUAGACCCAAGGACGUUAGACCCAAGGACGUUAAACGGAAGAACGUUAAACCAAAGACCGUUGCACCGAAGGACGUUAGACCGAAGAAUGUUAAACCCAAGGACGUUAGACCGAAGGACGUUAGACCAAAGCACGCUAGAGCGAAGGACGUUAGACCGAAGAACGUAAGACCGAAUUCAAUGAUUUAA